CUCGCCUCUCUCUUCCUGUUUCUUUCUGUUCAAAUUCUCAAGCCCUAUCCGUCCUACCCCAACCCAAAUAAUAUCUUGUACCCCAAACUUCAUCAGGAAUCACGGUACAUUACAUAAAAGGGUAACCCAACAUAAACCACUAAGGUUGUCGUGCUCCCAAUUUUCCGGCGGAAUCGAUCAACUUCUCUUUCGUCGAUGAACCCACGGCCCCCUGCAUUCUUCAUAGCCUGAGGGUGCUUUUGUAAAAGGGCCUGCAUCGUGGUUUUAAAGUUGGCAAGCAUUUCCUUUGGAAGCCAUGGGCAGCACUUUUAAUCCUCAGAUUUUGGUUGAAAAGCUGGCUAAGCUCAACAGUUCACAACAAAGCAUCGAGACUCUAUCACAUUGGUGUAUUUUUCACAUGAAUAAAGCAAAACAAGUUGUUGAAACCUGGGAUCGACAGUUUCAUUCCGCUCCACGUGAGCAGCGUUUGGCUUUUCUCUAUCUUGCAAAUGAUAUUCUCCAAAAUAGCAGGCGGAAGGGUUCAGAGUUUGUGGGUGAGUUUUGGAAGGUUCUUCCAGGGGCACUGCGCAAAGUUAUUGAUAAUGGGGAUGAAUUUGGAAGGAAUGCCGGAUUGCGGCUGAUUGAUAUAUGGGAGGAGAGAAAAGUAUUUGGCUCUCGAGGACAGAUUCUCAAAGAAGAGUUUGCUGGGAAGCAUGGUGAUACUAGCAAUAGAAAUGGGAAACCGUCUGGAUUCAGACUGAGGCCUUCUGCUGGAAAUGGAUUGGACAAAAUAGUUUCAAGUUAUCAUGUGCUUUAUGGAGGGCAACUGGAUGAAGAUGGUAUACUAACUAGAUGUAGGAAUGCAAUUAACUCAGUCGACAAAAUUGACAAGGAAAUCGGAGGUGACCUUAACUCAGGGCACCUUAAUGGAUCUGGAUUUGCACAUGAGCUUAAGGGGCAGCAGACGAUGUUGAGGGAGUGUAUUGAGCAGCUAAUGAUGGUUGAAUCGUCUAGAGCAAACCUUGUCUCGCAGCUUAGGGAGGCUCUAAGGGAACAGGAAUAUAAAUUGGAACUUGUCCGUAGUGAACUUCAGGCUGCUCAGUCACAUUCGGAACAGGCAACCAAUAUUUGCAAACGGUUGGUGAAUGGUGACAAUGCUAUGCAAAUAUUGGGCGAGCAUGGGCGAAAAGAUGGUCCCACCUCCCAAGCUCCUCCUCGCAGUUUUGUAUCUGGAAGUGGAGACCAAUCAGCACCCGUGACAUACACUCGUCAGGUAUCUUUUGGCGAAAAAGCUGGCCGCCUCGAAGAAGAUCCCAAGUCUGCAGCAGCUGCAGUGGCUGCAAAGCUUACGGCUUCGACAUCUUCUGCCCAGAUGUUGACUUAUGUGCUUUCCUCUCUUGCAUCGGAGGGCAUGAUUGGCAGCAAUCAAAUGAAGGAAUCUGCCACCGAUUACCCGGCUGAGAAAAGGGCAAAGCUUGAAAAUGAACAUUCAGCGUAUGUUCCCCAGAACCCUCAAACAACACUUUCAUUUUCACAACCCGUCUCCUCCCCGGAAUUGAUUCCUAAUGAACAACCACCUCCGCCUUCAUCUCCCCCUCCAAUGCCCCCUCUGCCUCCAAUGCAACCAUAUCCUCAGUAUUUGCAGAACCCUAAUGGUGCAUUCACUUUCGCAACAUCCCUAGAGCCGCCAGCAGCAGCAUAUCCCCAGGCCGUACCUCCAAUGAAUGGUCUCGCACCUUAUUCAGCUCCCCCCGCAAAUGCUUUUCAGGUUUAUCAGCCACCCGAUAGUGGUUUCUAUACACCACAAUCGACAUUGCCAAUGGCACCUGCCGGCCGCCAGUAACAGCAAGCCAGCCAGCUUUACUGAACCUGGGAGGGUGAUCGUGAGGUGACUGAGAUGAGAGUAGUGUUGUGUGUGAUAAAUUAACGUUAGGAAUUUGAAACAUGUGUUUUACUUUCCUGUAUGAUAAAACACAUUCUUAGCUUUUACAUACUGGAGGAGUAAAUAUAACUUGUAAUCUUGUAUUGUGAAUUAUUUUAAUUUUGUACUCUGUAGUUGAUUAAACUUGUUUUAUUUAGUUUAUAAAGAUCAACAUUAGAUCAGGAUACA